GUCAUACAAGAACAAGAGUAGUUCCCAUACAAUAUUUGAUCAUACACAAAAACAUAAUUAAAUAGUGGUAAAGGGAAUAAGGAAAGGAGGUGAAGACGAAGACCAAUGGAAACUACAGCCACCAUAGCAGACACGUACGUGGACUUCGAGCCUUAUUGCGCUUGGCUAAGAGACGAACAAAGCCACACUAUUGCCAUCCAUCUCCAUGGUUUCAAAAGGGAGCAACUGAGGGUUCAGAUAAACAAUCAAAGAAUAGUAACAAUAAAUGGGCAACGCCUUGUGGAUGAAGGCAACAAAGUCUGGAGCCGAUUCAGCAAACAACUCAAGCUCCCUGAAGAUUGCAGUGACUACGGCAUUCGAGCUAGGUUCUCUGCCGGAGUUCUCACCAUUACUAUGCCUAAGCAACUACCCUCAGCCUCAGCUUCCCCCAUCAAUACGUUAGAUGAUCAUCACCAACGACGUCGUUUUGAUGAUACUACUGAUCAGCAAGAAAAGAGUAGCAGUAAAGAACCCAAAUCAUCAUCACCAUCAUCCUGCUCACAAAAUAAUUAUAAUAAGAAUUCAUCUGUACUCCUACUUGCUGCCACAGUUGCUGCAAUUGUGCUUGUUCUUGCCGUUUCUGGAGCUUCUUAUGUUUUUAAACACACAUCAUCAUCGUCAACCCCUACAAAUUAGAGUAGAUCAUUACUCAUAUUGGCUAUAUAUUUUGUGAUUAAAUUUGUUUUAUUAUUUAUUAUUGUGCAAAAUUACCGUUUUAUCAUUUAUUAAAGAGUGUGACACAUUAUUAAUUGUUGUUUUCUCUCUACGUACGUCCAUUUCUAGUUAACUAAUUCUUUUAAAAAAAUAUAUUUUAAAAUUUUCAUAAAUAUCAAAACCUGACAAAAAUACACCCAGUUAACCCGAUAUCCAUAAUUAAAUUUUAUUUCGUAUAAAUUUGACUGUUUCGGGAAUCAUAUGUUAUAAUCAAAUUUUUUUAAAACAUCAUAUAUGUUUUAAGCGAAUUACUAAACAACUUGCGGGGAUAGCUCAGUUGGGAGAGCGUCAGACUGAAGAUCUGAAGGUCACGUGUUCGAUCCACGUUCACCGCAAGCUUUUUUCAUUUUUAUUUUUAAAUUUGAAAUUAUUAUUUCUUUUUUUUUUCUUACCCAUUUUGUAGCGUUUGAGUUAACCAAAAGGUAUUAGAGUAGAGAAGAAAAUAUCCAGUAGGCAGUUGUGAAUAUCAUCGAUAAAAAGCUUGGAAAGAGAAAAAUGGCGUCGAUUGGGGGCAAGGGAUUGAUAUCGAGAGCGAGUAGAAUGAGAUCAAAGCUCCAAUCUGCCUUGGAAGCAAGCCUUCUUGAGAUCGAAGACGUUUCCUACCAACACGCUGGCCAUGCCGCCGUCAAAGCCAACCCUAACGCCGCCGCCGGCGAGACCCAUUUCAAUCUCAGGAUUGUGUCCCCAAAAUUCGAAGGGCAGAGCCUUGUCAAGCGACAUCGCUUGGUCUACGAUGCCCUUGCUGACGAGCUUAACUCUGGUCUUCACGCCCUCUCCAUUGUUGCCAAGACACCAACGGAGAUCGAACGCGCCUCCAAAUAGCUAGCUUCUCUCUCUCUCCGAUCAAUAGCAAUAGCAAAGUAUUCCUACUAUCUCUCUCUCCAUAAAUAUAUGUGUGAAGAAUUUGAUUUCUAUUGUUCGGAUUUUGAUGCAAAGGUAAUUUUGUAAUGAUAGUCCUUUCUGCUAUGUUCUUUGAUAAUUGGUUGAUUCAUGAGACUGUCGCGGUUUUGAUUGAUGCUCUUAACUAAAUGAAGAAUGAGACUCAGUUGCUAUGA